AUGUCAAACCAUGUGACGAGUGGCCACGGCAAACGAUGGCACGAACACCUGACUAUCGACUUGUUCGCACACGUCUUAUCAAACAGCAUCUUCCAUCCCUUCGUUGCAUGGAUCGUUCCACUCUGCCUCAGGGCAGUUCAAGCACCAUAUGAAAGCACACAAUUCAUCGCGUCAUGCAUGUACGCCGGAGCUGUCACGGUCUUCUGGAUGCUUUCCGUGAUCAACAAACGCGUUGCAUAUGGUAUACCACGACCUGUGGACUGGAACGAAGAAGUGGUCGUGAUUACCGGCGGCGCCAAUGGUCUUGGCAAAAUCAUUGCAGAAACAUAUGGUAUGCGCGGUGCCAGUGUGGCAGUAUUGGAUGUGUCAAGUCCAGAGAAAGAGAGCGAGGGACUCGCGGGCGUCCAGUAUUAUCAAUGUGAUGUUGGCGAUGCGAAUGCAGUCGAUGCUGUUGCGAGGAAGAUCGAGAAAGAGUCACUAACCUGUGCGCAGCUUGGGGCCCCUACGAUUCUGAUAAAUAAUGCAGGCAUGGUCAAUGGAAAAGCCCUUUGGCAACUUUCUUCCAAAGAUGUGGAGCGAAGUAUGAGCGUCAACCUAAUCUCACACUUCAACACUAUCAGGACUUUCCUUCCUGGAAUGCUUGCGUCAGAAGUCGGCGGCACAAUCGUGACGGUGGCAUCUGUCCUAGGAAAGCUCGGCGCCGGCCACUUGUCUGACUAUUCUGCUGCUAAAGCUGGUCUCAUUGCAAUGCAUACAUCUCUGCAAGCGGAGCUAGCCUCGCCAAUGGCUCCCGAAGGCGCCGAAGACAUUCGAAUGAUCUUGGUAACACCAGGGCAGCUCAGCACUCGACUCUUCGCUGACCUUGAGACACCUUCGAACUUCCUCGGGCCUGUUGUCGAGCCCGUAGAGCUCGCGCGGGAGAUCGUUAAGAAGAUCGACGCGGGUGAGAGCGGAGAGAUCAGCAUGCCUUUCUAUGCUCGCUGGGUUGAGUGGGUUCAGAUCCAGCCAGCAGCAUUCCAGAAAAUCUCACGAAACAUGACUGGCAUCGAUGUGGCGAUGAUGAAAGCAAACGCGAAGAAGGAAGCGAGAUCAAAAACCUAG